GCCGGGGGGGUGGGGGGCGGGGAAGGCGGCUAAAGAAAACACACGGAAAAAGACGCAAAACGAGGCGGCGGCGGCGGCAGCAGCGGGGCCGCGCGCCGGGGACACGUCGCCGGCUGCCGAGAGCUGUCGAUCGCCUCGUCCUUCCAGCUCCCCGCAGCAUCGAGCCCGCGGAGACACCCCCCCCGGUGCGGCCGGUACAUGAGGGGCACGGCCCGGCCGCAGCCCAGCCGAGCCGCCGCAGGGCAGGGAGCGCCCCGAGCCGCCGCCGCCGGAGCCCCGAGCGCUGCGCCCCGAGACAGAGCCUGCCCCGACCCCGCCGGGAGAGCCGCUUAAACACCUUCCAUGGGGGAGAGAGGAGCCCGGCCGGCCGCGCCUUCCCCUCCCUGCCGGAGGCUGCUGCGCUGCUGAGGUAAAACCCCUCCUGCCUUGCCCGGCCCGAGCGAGGGCGGGGGACGCGCGGGGCACCCACAGCCCGGCCCCGCUGGAUGCCGAGUGCCUGAGGAGGGAGCGCGUUCCGGGGGCUCGCUGGGCUGCGGGAGCCGCGAUUCCCGGGGAAGGAGGCGAGCCCCGCACCAUAAAACACCCUCCCGGCAGCAGAGAGCGAGGAAAAAAAGCCUCCUUCCCCUUCCUCCUGCACAACUCGCUGUCCCCUCCCUUCCCUUUCCCGAACGCUGAUUUCUGAGAUGAAAACCUUCCUCCUCGGACAGCCAGGACUCGUAUGAAGGACACGCAAAUAUUGGAUCAUAAAUAAGAAGCGAGUCUGGCGAGCUCAGAAACCCAGCCCGAAAGGAGCAGCAUCAAGAAUCCACCCUUCUCCUGCACAACUCACUCCCCACCCAAGACACCAAGAGAAUACUGAUUUCCUGAGAUAAGGUCUUACCCCUUUAAACAACCACACACACGCACACACACGGUGUAUAUUAUUGCUAAAUAUAAUAGGUUAAACCCAGCAGCACGGGAUAAAGCCUCUUCUGCAACUCACUCCCCCAUUUCACGCUCCUGUAUAUACUAAGAUCCUGAGGUAAAUUUUUCCCUUGUCCACAGCAAAGACUUUUUGAACAGGACACAAAUAUAUAUUAGAUUAUAGAGAUGUAUUAAAUUAUUCCAGAUUUAAAUCUAUUUUUUGCUGCCAAGGGGUUGAGGGACCAGAAGUCAUUGUAUUUUUUUUUCUUCCCUCUUAACUCAUUUAUGGGCGAGUCAAGGCUGCUGAGGAGGAAAAAAACAGGAUAGUUAGAAUCUCUUUAUCCUUAUUUCCCAGAAGCUUAUUCUCUCAUUGCUGUGCAUUUCCUUUAGAAAAAGGAAACCUCUUAUUUUGUGAACCAAAGAUUUAUUUUUCCCUUCCUCCUGGCCAAAGGAAGGAAACGGACACAAAUUGACACAUUGAAAUAGUUGAAGAGAUCUACCUUUUGCAAAAAAAGCAUAAAAAUAAGCAAACAUCUUUAUCCAAAUUUGAAAUAAAUAGUGUGGAGGGAGACACUGGAACAUCUAGCAAAAACCUGGAUACUUGCUAAUCUUGCCUCACAAGAGGACAAGCCAAACACUAAACAUCAACUUGUUCUUACAGGGAGGAUUCAAACCCUAAAUAUAAUAAAUGGGGGAUUACGGGUUUGGAGUGUUAGUGCAAAACAACACUGGAAAUAAGUCAGCUUUUCCAGUCAGAUUUCAUCCACAUCUGCAGCCUCCACACCAUCAUCAAAAUGCAACCCCCAGCCCUGCUGCUUUUAUAAAUAAUAACACAGCUGCCAACGGCAGUAGUGCUGGGUCAGCUUGGCUCUUUCCUGCUCCAGCUGCCCAUAAUAUUCAGGAUGAGAUUCUGGGGUCAGAAAAAUCUAAAACUCAGCAACAGGAAAAGCAAGAGUCCCUAGAAAAACAGCAGCUUUCCCCUGGUCAAAGUCAGGAAGCAGGCAUGCUCUCUGAACCCGAGAAAGCCAAAACUGAAGAAAACCAGGGCGAUAAUUCUUCAGAGAACGGCAGUGGAAAGGAGAAAAUAAGAAUAGAAUCGCCGGUUUUAACAGGAUUUGAUUACCAAGAGGCUUCGGGGCUCGGUACUUCGACACAGCCCUUGACAUCCACCGCAUCUUCUCUGACUGGUUUUAGUAACUGGUCUGCAGCUAUUGCUCCUUCUUCUUCUACAAUAAUCAAUGAAGAUGCAAGUUUUUUCCACCAGGGAGGGGUCCCUACUGCCUCAGCUAAUAAUGGUGCUCUGCUGUUUCAGAAUUUCCCACAUCACGUCAGCCCUGGCUUUGGUGGUAGCUUUUCUCCCCAGAUCGGACCCCUCUCUCAGCACCACCCUCAUCACCCCCAUUUCCAGCAUCAUCACAAUCAGCAUCAGCAACAGAGGAGGUCUCCUGCAAGUCCUCACCCACCUCCAUUCACACACAGAAAUGCUGCUUUUAAUCAGUUGCCUCAUUUGGCCAAUAAUCUUAACAAGCCACCUUCUCCGUGGAGCAGCUACCAAAGCCCAUCGCCCACCCCGUCCUCCUGGAGCCCCGGGGGCGGCGGGUACGGCGGCUGGGGAGGGUCCCAGGGCCGAGACCACCGCCGGGGACUGAACGGAGGGAUCACCCCCUUGAACUCCAUCUCGCCCUUAAAGAAGAAUUUUGCAAGUAAUCAUAUCCAGCUGCAGAAGUAUGCACGACCCAGCUCGGCCUUCGCUCCCAAAUCCUGGAUGGACGACAGCUUGAACAGAGCUGAUAACAUUUUUCCUUUUCAGGAUCGCACGAGGACUUUUGACAUGCACUCACUGGAGAACUCCCUAAUUGACAUAAUGAGGGCUGAAAAUGAUUCACUGAAAGGUAAAUUUAGACAGAGACUAUUUCCUGGAGAAGACUCAGCAUAUUUGGUUGGAGCAAGGACAUAUGGGAGAAGGCGAGGUCAGUCCUCGCUGUUCCCGAUGGAGGAUGGGUUCCUGGAUGAUGGGCGUGGGGAUCAGAGCCUGCACAGCGGGUUGGGGUCUCCUCACUGCUUCUCCCACCAGAACGGGGAGCGCGUGGAACGCUAUUCCCGAAAAGUCUUUGUUGGGGGGCUGCCCCCGGACAUCGACGAAGAUGAGAUCACUGCAAGCUUUCGCCGCUUUGGACCUUUGAUUGUAGACUGGCCACACAAGGCAGAGAGCAAAUCUUAUUUUCCUCCUAAAGGAUAUGCAUUUUUGCUGUUCCAAGAUGAAAGCUCUGUGCAGGCACUGAUUGAUGCAUGCAUUGAAGAAGAUGGAAAGCUCUAUCUCUGUGUUUCCAGCCCCACUAUCAAAGACAAACCGGUUCAGAUCCGGCCUUGGAACCUUAGUGAUAGUGAUUUUGUUAUGGAUGGUUCCCAGCCUCUUGACCCAAGAAAAACCAUUUUUGUUGGUGGUGUUCCUCGGCCUUUACGAGCAGUGGAGCUGGCGAUGAUCAUGGACCGGCUCUACGGGGGCGUUUGCUACGCCGGCAUCGACACCGACCCCGAGCUCAAGUACCCCAAAGGAGCUGGGCGGGUGGCAUUUUCCAACCAACAGAGCUACAUUGCUGCUAUCAGCGCCCGCUUCGUCCAGCUGCAGCACGGAGAGAUUGAUAAACGGGUGGAAGUUAAGCCAUAUGUCCUGGACGAUCAGCUGUGUGACGAGUGUCAGGGCGCCCGCUGCGGCGGGAAGUUCGCCCCGUUCUUCUGUGCUAACGUGACGUGUCUGCAGUAUUACUGUGAAUAUUGCUGGGCUGCUAUCCACUCCCGUGCCGGCAGGGAAUUCCACAAGCCCCUGGUGAAGGAGGGAGGGGACCGCCCGAGACAUAUUUCAUUCCGCUGGAACUAAAGGAUCGCUCAUUUGCAGGCCUCCAAUUAAGUGCACUCUUCUGUUCUCCCGACUGCCCUCCCCACCCUGCCCCUCACUCACAGCAUGUCCUUUUGUAGUAGUCUGUAAUUUAACAAUAGUCUAACGAAAGAAUGACCUAUAAUGGGUAUUUUAUAGAAUCUUGUCAUUGAAAACUGUAUUGGGAACUCCUUUUCGUAUCGAUAACAUGUUGCGUUCUCUUGUCCUUACUACCGAGAGAGAACACUUAAUUUCCUGCAACGUUUUCUUAGAGGAGAGAAAAAUAUUAAGAGAAGAGAAUUGAAACAAUAGAGUAUUUUGGUUUUUUAAUUAAAUUAUUGUUAAUAAAGAACAUAAUAAUACUUUUAUUAAAUAACCGUGUAACAAUAACACUAUCAGUCUGUUCUGACACUUUUCCCCCAGGGAAGCCUAUUUUUGCCUCUUUUUUUUUUUUUUGUUUGUUUGUUUGUUUGUUUGGACUUUGAAUUUUUCCAGCAACAGAUGAAGUUAGCGUUUACCUACCAACAGGAAAGAGCAUGUUUAAAGCAACAGAAAUGCAUGAGCAAAGUUGAAGCAGCACUAUUAAUAAUGAUGUUUUUUGUUUGUUGCUUUUUUUUUAAAAAAAAAACUCUUUUAAGGGUUUUGAGGCUGAGAUUUUAGCUCGGUGUGUAUCUGACCGUGCCUCUGGCUACCACCCACAUCCAAAUUACUAACGAGAUAGGCAGAGCUUACUAUAUUUUCAUCAAAAUGAUUACAUUUUAAGAAUUCCUGAAUGUAAAAGUUGAGUAAAGUUACUACUGAGGGGGGAGUGCACUUUUUUCUUUCUUUAAGAGAACUCAAUUGUCUGGUUACAGCCCUAGAUAUCCUACCAAAGCUAGAGUAAUGACAAUUAGUGAACUGGCAUUUCCUCUCCCGAAGGAUAAAUAUAUAGAUUUUAUUUUUGAUGGCUAUAUAUAACUCUAUAUCCUAAUAUACUAACAUUCAUCAGGGGCCAGCCUUUGCUCUCCAUUUUGACGUGAAAAAGUAGAAAACCUAAAGAUACCUCAAGGAUAUCACUGAUUUUUACUGGAAUUUUGAUAUUCCAUUGUGGCACACAACCUCCAAUUGGCUGCUUAUUGGUUUCCCAUCUUGGCUGUAAAGUCACUUUUCGAUCCCCUCAAAUUUAGCUGUAACAGAAGGCAUGAACCCAAGGAGUUUCCAAAUCCUGCUUUGCACCGUUGGCCGAACUGUGUGCAUGGCAUGGUGCAAGUGUGCAGAUGCCUUUCUUACUCUUCCUGUAGAAAGAAUCCCAGCUCCGCUCCCAGCUCUUCAGAACUAAUUGUGGGGAGAUAAAGACCCGCAGGUGGAAGUGCCAACACCGCUAAUUAACGCCGGCUUUAUUGGAACUCAGAACCUUGAGAAGCACCGGCCGGGGACACUGAACCCAACGCUGACGAGUGGGUGCAGAGGGUUUAGUUUGAAACAGGUGAAUGAAGGAGUAGUUCUGAAAAUUUAUUUUUAGUGUACUUUUGAACUAAAUGCCCUGGCCAACUUCUCCACCAAGGAUGUAGCAGUGUGCAAACAAAGUGAUUCUGUGGCAAUCUCUGCCCGGCCCCAGGGGCCUGGGACCACCUGAGAGUCUCCCAAACCAAAGAUUUGCCCUGGCACUGCUUGGAAAAACAUCUGCUCCCUUCAAAGCCCCCCUCAUCCCUUUCCCCCAGCCCCCAUUAUCUUUAUGAGAAGCAGUUUUUCUGUUCAAUACAGGCUUUAAUGAACUGAUACCUUACCAAGUUCCAAAGGUCAAAAUGGAGACAUUUGCUGUCUAUUAGUCAAGUAUAGCAAGGGAGCUGCUUUUACUGAAAUCCCUGAAAAUAUUGACAACAGUAAUGCAAAUGCAGAGUGCUCUUGUGUAGAUUGUCAGGGACUUUUUUUUCUCUGAAGUACAUAAUUCUAGUUGGAAUGUUCCUUUCAUUUUUUUAGUGCUUGUAGGUGGCUUGGGGUGUGCUAUUGUGCCGAUCCUACCCAGCAAACAGGUGAGGUGGGUUUCCAUUACAAGAAAAUAACACUGUUUGAGAACUAGCUUUGAAUAAUAAUUUUUUCCCUUUGUACAUGACCUGCUGAAUUUCGGUACAGUGUUUUUGUAGCUAACUUAUUUUGUCAUGCACAUAAUGUAUAUUUGUUAUGCACUACUUUUGUAUAUCUUGUUUUUCCAACAGUGAGCAUUUUUAGGCACACUUUUCACUGACGGGAUAUCUCUUUAUGCAAUACCUCAAUUUUUCAUAUUGCAAAGAGUAGCUUUUUGUACUUUUAUUACUGAGAGAUCUUCAUAUACUUCAUUUUUUAAUAUAAAUAAUUUUAAUAAAUUUUAUUUUCUUAUAUUCUGCUUUUUAUACAUUUCAGUGCUCUGCAUACAUUUUGAAUUAUGGAUGUUGUGCACUGGCAAUGCUAUUUUAGAAUCUGCAGAGAAAAGAAAGCAUGUUGCUUAAACAUCUUAGCCCAGCACCAGGUAUUUGGUGUACAUAUAAUUUAAGAAAUAGUAUAUGUAAAGUUGAGAAUUAAAGAAGAAAAAAGCAUGAGAGUGACAAAUGACACUUGUCUUUAGACCCAUGAAAUUUAAAUGCAUAAAUAUAGUGUAGAAAUUUAAAAGUCAAGAACCAUCAAAAUUGUCUACCGCUUCUUACUGAGUUUUUAAAAAUUAUACACAAAUGCAGACGUUUUUGGUGAAUGUUUAGCCAUUUUUAUUAUUAAUAAAGAAUCGAUGUUAGGUGUUUGAUGCAGAACCGUGUCUGCUCUUUUAAAUUAUAUUUAAAGAAUAAAAGAGAGCCUGCUAGGUGGCAGGCAUGUAAUGUUAGUAUGCAUGACUAAUGUAAGAAAUCGUUAUUCUACUAAUAUUCACUUGUGAUUGUGUGACAAGCGUGUUUACAGAUCCUUUGGUUACACUUCGAUUUACAGGGCAUCAACAAUUCUCUCUCCAUUACUCUGUGCUUCAACAGUGCUGGCCAAGCCUCUGAUUGCACGGGGCUCUUUGGGGUUACCGUGUAGCCCCAGGCUCAUCAAGGUGUAAUUAGCCACCGGUGGGGGGGUGUCAUUAAUGAGCAGCCGCGUUCCCGGGGGGAGUGGCACAGUAAUUCCAUGGUUAUUUUUGCAAUGUAAAAUAAAGUGUUUCUGAUUAUUUUAUAUGUAAAGGAACCCCACUGCCCCGUGCUUUUUUGGUAUAGUCUCUACUUCUCCAUACACAGACCUCUGCAGAAUGCAAAUUUCAACCUUGCAGUGACUGAAUUUAGCGUUUUAUAAGGAUGCUGUUGGAAAGACUUGAUAAUUCACCCCUUGUGUUUUUGAAGAGUUCAAACCUUCUGUUCAAAGGUGAUUUAAAACUUGAAUGUGAUGAAUUGUGGCAAGUUAACUUCAAGUUAUGUGCAAUACCUAUUUCAGACUUCUGGAAGAUCUUUGCAGUGUAAUUCUUUGUUUUUAAUUGCAGACAUUUAAAAAUGUCAUUUUCUACUGUUCUAGUAAAUCCUCUUUCUUGCUGGUGUUUCUAAAGAAAAGAAUCAGAAAUCAAUCUUUCUACUAAUGUAAAUUUGAGAUUAUUUUUAAAAAAAAAUGGAAUAAAACGUUUUGGUCAUUUGCUUUAUUUUAUUAUCUUAUUUUAAAGCUACUGUGAUAGCAUUGUAAGAAUUGGGACAAUAUUGUAUUCAACUGUUUUAUUUUUUAUAUUUUUAAAUUUUAAAGUAUAAUUAGUUUUUAUAAUUUUCAUCAGAUUUUUUUGUUAUAUUUUUUGGAAGUGAAACUUUUAGCAAGUGGGUGUCUAGUUUUUACUAAUCCCUAAUAUGUUUUUCCCCCAAUGUAUUGCUCAUAUUAUCAGAAGGAAAAGUUAUUUAAGUAUGUCAGUUAAUUGUACUACUUGGCUGAAUUUCCAUAUAGUUUUUACUGUGUAUGGGGAGGUUGUAGUAUUUAUUAUAGCAUUUUAAAUAAGGGUAAUUCAUUUUUUAUUAAAGUCAUUUUCACGUUUAAGUUCAUAUUUUUGUAUGUUCUACUCUAAGUUAUAUAACACAAGUUACUUUUUUUAAAGAGUUCAUUUGUUGAAGUGCUAGUGAAAAUUAAUGUUAUUAAAUAGUUUGCAAAUGACUAUUUAUACCAGUAUGCAUAUAAUUUUUAAAUAUUUGUAAUGUGAGAUGUUGAAUGAAUAAAACUUUUAACUCAA